UUCUGUACAAUUCUCUGCAAAAUCUGCAUCACUCACUAAAAGAUUUCCCGGAAUCAGGGACGCCCAUACGCUUCCAAAAUCCCACCAUUGAUCUUCACUCCACUCCCCCAUUUCACCCCUUUUUCUCUCUCUCUUUUCCCAGUUUUUUACUCUGUUUCUGUAACAAACAACACUAAUCCUUCUCUCUUGCUGUAUUCUUUGUGGGUUUCUUCCUAAACCGACACUGCAGUGAAGGAUUCUGCGAUCUCUUCCGUGCAUUUGGUUCGCAUUGCCAUGAAACCCAAGACCCAUCACUACCAUGGCCAUGAUUCCAAUGGCUACUCUGGCGACGGCGCUCAGAGCAGCGGCAGUAGCUCUCCCAGCCCUCCUCACUCGCCGCCGCGUUACGCCUCUAAGUGCCGCCGGAAGCUCCGGUCGAAGCCCCAUUAUUACCUCCCGCUGCGGGAACUGUUUGUCGGUGCUCUCACUCUCCGGUUUAACUUCAGAUACAUGGUGCUGCUUCCUCUGCUUUAUAUCUCUGGCUUGAUCAUGUGCGUUGGCCCUUUCUCUUCUCUCGUCGCCCAGCCCCCUCCCCCUGGUUCGCUCUACAGCAGCCAUCAAAUGUUUCGCCGCCUCCAUCACCAAAUCCACUCUGAUAAUUCCUCUGCAAUUCAGCUGUCAUCAGUUUGGAAAUACAAAAGGAUGAAGGAGAGGAAGCCAUGUUCAAAUUCAACUUCUCGACCGCAUUCAGAGUCCAGUGAACCUACAACUUACUUGAUUGUGGAUGCUAAUGGUGGACUCAAUCAGCAACGCUCUGCAAUCUGCAAUGCGGUGGCUGUAGCAGGGCUUCUAAAUGCCAUUCUAGUUGUCCCCCGCUUUGAGUUCCACAAUGUCUGGAAGGAUUCAAGUAAGUUUGGUGAUAUUUAUGAUGAAGAUCAUUUCAUAGCCGCCCUCGAAGGUUAUGUUAAAGUUGUCAAAGAGCUACCUGGGGCUUUAAUGCAAAGAUAUGAUUACAACAUCUCUAAUAUUCCAAACUUUCACGUACAAGCUUGGUCUCCUGCUAAUUAUUAUUUGGGAGAGGUUCUACCUGUUCUGCAAAGGGAAGGGGUUGUUCGAGUAUCCCCUUUUGCCAACAGAUUGGCUAUGAAUAUUCCACCUGAAAUUCAAUUCUUAAGAUGCCUGGCAAAUUAUGAAGCACUGAGGUUCUCUUCUCCCAUUCUGACUCUUGCACGUAAGCUAGUUACCCGGAUGAUUGAAAAGAGUUCAAGGGAUGAUGGGAAGUAUGUUUCCGUCCACCUACGGUUUGAGGAGGACAUGGUGGCUUUCUCCUGUUGUGUAUAUGAUGGCGGUGAAGCUGAAAAAAUUGAAAUGGAUUCAAUUCGAGAAAAAGGAUGGAGGCAAAAGUUCAAACUCAAAGACCAUCUCAUUUCAUCGGGUCUUAACCGAAUGAAUGGAAAAUGCCCAUUAACCCCCUUGGAGGUUGGAAUGAUGUUGCGCGGUAUGGGAUUUGAUAAUAACACUUCGAUUUAUUUGGCUUCGGGUAAGCUAUACCGGUCAGAGAGAUAUUUAGCUCCACUGCAGGAAAUGUUUCCUCUUUUGCAUACGAAGGAAUCUCUUGCGACGCUAGACGAGCUUGCUCCUUUUAAGGGAUAUUCUUCAAGAUUGGCAGCUCUAGAUUAUAUGGUGUGCUUGUUAAGUGAGGUCUUUGUGACUACUCAAGGAGGUAACUUUCCACACUUUUUGAUGGGGCAUCGGCGGUUCCUCUUUGACGGACACGCCAAGACAAUCAAGCCUGAUAAACGAAAGCUUGCCAUUUUAAUGGACAACAGAAUAAACUUAAGCUGGAAAGAAUUCAAGGAACAAAUGGGGGUAAUGCUUUCGGAGAGUGACCGAAAGGGGCUGAUGGUACCUAGAAUCAGACGAUUCAACCGAAAAACAUCGGUCUACACUUACCCUUUACCCGAAUGCAGAUGUCUGCAGAAAUCCCAGAAUACCAACUCCACAGACAGUAAGUAUAUGCUCGACCAGCUGCUCGGAUCCAUGAGAUAGCAAGCAGAUUUCCCUUCAAUGCAGUUCAUUAGACAUUCCAAAUAUAAUGUAAACUGAUCCUCUGAGGUGGAGGAUUCUGCAGUCGCUGGACUGAAAUGGGAACAACCCAUUGCUCUAAAUUUUGCUCGGUGUAGAUACUCCCCAUCGCCAACGUCGAAAACAAAAUGUAAUAAUUUCUUGUAUUCGUGUUAAAUUAAACGUCGUCCUUGGUAAAUGUAUAGAGCUAAGUGUGGAAGUGAAGUGUCGUUUGUAUGUGUACAUUUUGAAACUAAAGUGGCAAGUUUACAAAGGACUUCAUGGACUUUGCUUCCAUGUAUUUGAAAUCAUGAUUUUGAUUCAUUAGGUUCCUUACAAAACCAAAA